AUGUCAUCAUCUGUAAAGAUGCAUAAUAAAAAAUAUUCUGCUGAUGAUUUAAGAGCAGCUGUCAGUAGUAAUCUCGAUUCAAAUCAAGUGGAAAAAGGAACAAAAUUAGAGAGACCUCGAGCUGAAAAUUGUAAUGAAUCAACCACAAAAGCUUGGUUUCAAUUGUUGAAAACUGAAUUGAUUAAAUUAGAUCUUAUGGAUAAUCCCGCACAAAUUUUCAACGCGGAUGAAAGUGGUUUUGCGGACAAGGCGAAAGGUUCGUGGGUGGUAGUUAAUUCGAGUGUGCAAUAUGUCUUUGAAGAAUCUGGUAGUACGGAAACAAAUUAUACAACAGCACUAAUAUGCAUCAGCGCGUCUGGACAGGUACUCCCACCAUUUAUCAUCAGCACUGGGAAAAAUCUUAUGUCGGCGAGGUGCCGAGGAGGUCCGAAUGGUGUACAUUAUUCAGUAAUACCAGAGGAUGGAUAA